AUGGAGUGUCCUACUGCACAAUGUGUUGUCCCGAGUACAGGAGCUGUUACACAGUAUAUGUCUCUUCUUUUCAACUUUAUGUCUAUGUCGGAAUGUUCUAUCUCAUCAUCAAGUAUGUGGCCUGAAGAUUAUGGCGAAGUUGUGUUACAAAAAGGAUUUGAGGAAUACGAUUUUAUAGUUGUGGGUGCCGGUUCGGCAGGAUCUGUCGUAGCUAGUCGCCUCAGUGAAAACCCAAAGUGGAAUAUUCUGCUCCUUGAAGCAGGUGGUGAUCCACCGAUUGAAUCUGCUAUUCCGGUGAUGUUUCCGACACUGUCAAAGACUGAAUAUGAUUGGAACUAUCAAAUAGAAAAAUCCGAUACCCACAGUAUCUAUGCAGGCGGUUGGCCAAGAGGAAAGGCUCUAGGCGGGUCUAGUUCCAUAAACGGAAUGUAUUAUGUGAGAGGAAAUGAUGCUGACUACGAUUAUUGGGAGGCGCUUGGAAAUCCAACCUGGGGCUGGAAAGACGUCAUUCCGUACUUCAAGAAAUCCGAAAUGAAUUUUGAUGAGGAAAUUGCUGAUGCUUUUGGGGGCUACUACCACUCAAAGAAAGGACCUAUGGGCGUAAGUUCUGUUAACAGUGAUGAUCCUCAUAAUGAAGAUAUCAUAGAUGCAGCAAAGGAGUUGGGCUUCAAAUUCCUAAAGGAUAUCAAUGCGAACGAAUAUAUUGGAUUCAAUUAUGCUCAGAGAACGAUCAAAGCGGGAGUAAGAGAUUCAACGGCAACGGCUUUUCUGGUUCCUGCAAAGAACCGAAUUAAUUUGAAUAUCGUCAAAAACGCUCGAGUUCUUGAUCUCAAAUUCAACGAAAAUGGUGAAGUUAUCGGAGUAAGAGUUAAUAUUCAGGGAAAACAGGAAUUUGUUGCUUAUGCUAAAAAGGAAGUAAUCUUGAGUGCAGGACCAAUUAAUACUCCACAAAUUCUAAUGUUAUCUGGAAUUGGCCCUGCUGCUCAUCUUCAGAGCUUAGGUAUUCCCGUGAUAAAGGAUCUCCAAGUUGGCAAAAAUCUUCAAGAUCACCCAAUUCUAUCUCUUUUCGUGAAGUUUGAUAAAUCUACUGCAGUUGAACUACCUCCUUCAGAAGUAUUGAAACAAUUCAUUGGAUACUUAACAGAACGAUCUGGAUAUCUUCUUAGUGCAACUACUAUCCAAACUGUAGGAUACAUCAACGUUGAUAAUACUUCAUCUCCAUAUCCCAACAUGCAAAGUUACCAUUCACUGAUGUUGAAAGGACAAAAGGAUCUCAUUAUAAGCUCAAUGACCUACUAUGGCUACAACGAGAAGAUUAUAGAAUUUGGGGGUACGCUUACUGAUGAUGCUAAUCUCAUGUUAUGUAAUUUAGCUCUUCUCAAGGAAGAUUCCAGAGGAGAAAUUCUCUUACGCAGUACAGAUCCACUGGACAAACCAAGAAUUUUUGCAAACUAUUUGACUGAAAAAUCGGACAUGGAUUCAUUUAUCAAGGCUAUUCGCUUACAGUUAAAGUUCAUUGAGACUCGGGCUUUUAGGAAACAUGAAGCUGAGCUAAUUAAAGUUCCAAUUCCCGAAUGUGAUGCAAUGGAAUUCAUUAGUGAUGAAUAUUGGGCUUGCUACUGCCGAUAUAUGAUGACAACGAUUUUUCAUCCUGUUGGAACUGCAAAAAUGGGUCCUGACUCCGAUCCUGAUGCUGUGGUUGAUUCUAGGUUAAGAGUUAGGGGCGUUAAGGGCUUGAGAGUGAUUGAUUCCAGUAUCAUGCCCAGAAUUCCCAGUGGAAACACGAAUGCUCCAACAAUUAUGAUUGCUGAGAAAGGAGCUGACUUUAUUAAGGAAGAUUGGAGAAAUGUAGGCCCUACGCGCAUUACAAAAGGGCGUGGUCAUAUGUCUGAUUAUGAAUACAUGCAAACAGGACGUAAUUGGUUCAGGACAAAUGUCUGGUGGAACUACUUAAGAAAUGGAUGGACUCGCAUUGUAGCAUUUUUCUAA